AUGUUGCUGCUGGCUGCCUUUGUGACCCUGUUGGCUCACAUCGCCCAAGGCUUACCCGUGACGGAUGACGCCAUGGCAAAACUGCUGGGAUCAAACAGCACCCAUUUUGUGCGCGAAAUUUACGGACAGCGGCACGCCAUCUUCCCUGCUCCGCUCGCGCCCACGGACAAUUGGCUCGCUCGCGAUCCGCUCUUGAAUUCGUUUGCGGCCGAGGCCGAUCUCAACCGAUCGCUGGCCACACUGGUCAACCUUUACGGACGCAGCCAAGAUGCAAUCGCUUUUCGUGACCGUCACGCUGCUAAUGUACCACUUGAUACACUCCUGGAGCGCGUGUCCUUGGAACACCUCUACGACUACCUCGUCCAGCACGGCUAUUCGGUGGUGAUCCGUGAAGAGUAUUUUCCCACAUACACCCAAACAAGCCUUGAAGAGCUGAUUCAGACGGCUUUUGGCACCUCGACCGUCACCUCGCAUGUGUAUCUCUCGGGCAGCGAGGCUCAUGCUCUCAACCCCCACACCGAUCCUUACGACGUACUGGUCCUGCACCUGCAUGGCCAGAAGCAUUGGACCGUCUGUCAUCCGUUGGAUUCCAGCCCCGAGUGGGCCGAUGCGUCCCAAGCUCAGCUGGCCCAGCUCUUUGAGAUCCAGCGCAAGAGUGUCGACGGCUGCACAAAUUUUGACAUUGCAGAGACGGACAAGAUGCGCUGCGAGCAUUUCACCCUCAGUCCAGGCGAUGUACUCUACCUGCCAAAGUCCACCAUCCACUUCGCCACAACAUCGCCCAACACAACUACCGCGCAUAUCACCUUGUCCUUGGAGCGACAGGGCCAAUCUUGGAUUGAUCUCGCUUGCACCGUUAUCGAGAGUACCCUUGCCUCGCUAGAGACUUCGCCCUCUGGCCUCCGCUGGCUUGAGCUGGCCACGUUUCCCACGGACGAGCCGUGUCAGAUGGCCCAAAAGCGCCUACUUGGUUUCGAAAAGGACUCUCUGCGUACGCUCGUGGCCCAGGACCCACAACUCAGCUUCACCUACGUGACCUCCAAGGAUAUCUUGACCACCCUUCAGCGCUUGGCCAGCUGCACCGCCUCUUUGGGUUGGGAUUCGCGAGAACGUGAAGUAACUCUUGAGGGCCUUCUCACCAACCCAGCAACCCAUUACGACUCGGGCGGCCACCUCACGCUAUUUCAAAAUGCUACUACUGCAGUAAUGCCUGCGCCAGUAGCUGCAACAGCUAUGUAUGUCUUUUUUCAAGCCAAGCUGCAGAAAAAUAAGCAGGCGUCAACUCAUCAGCGUACCUUGGCUCUCGCCAAAUAUAGGGCUGCAAUGGCGGUUGUGACAGUAGCUGUGACAAUAGCUGCAGCUUUUGGGGAAACAGUUGCAAUAGCGGGUGGGUAUUUGGACCUCUUGAAAGUGACUAAGGUCUUAACUUACUUUGAAACCCCGCGCGCCUGUGACAGUUGUGACAGUAGCUGCGAUGACUCAUGCUCCACCAACUGUGCCACCUGCACGGGAGGCUGUAACUCGGGCAAGACGCGAUGCAGCUCCUGCAAUUGCCGCGCUGGCCACUACUUUCAGGGGGGUAACAGUCUCAACAUUGCCACCAGCGGGUGUCGAGGCACAUACAGUGGUAGCACGUCGCGCACAAGCCCGUGUUCAACCUGCCCCUCGGGUACCUUUCAACCGUCCACGGGCGCCACAUCAUGCCUGUCAUGCUCCAGUAGCGGCACCAAGUGCAACACGGGUCGCUACACCACAGGUUGUGCAGGCGCUUCCGCUGGAAGUUGCACGGCAUGUGCAACCAACUACUAUCAGUCUCAAAACAGUGUAUACAAGACGGCCUGCACACAGUGCUCUACUUGCAAUGCCGGUCAAUCCUACACGUGCAACGCCAACUCAGGACUUGCAUGCACGGCAUGUGGAGUGGGCACAUAUCAAGCUUCCAACGCCCACCGCAGCACCAGCUGUUUGGCUCAAAACACAUGCGGAGCAGGCUCUUAUUUUUCGGGUAACAUCUUCUCGGCCGGCUCGUGCACCACUUGCAGUUACGGUACCUACAUUGCCACCUCUGCCCACCGCACUACCUCGUGCACGCCGUGGCCCACCUGUCCGGCGGGCACCUUCAAGUCUGGAGCCACCACAUCAAGUGGUGGCUCGUGUGCCGCAUGUGGCAGUGGAACUUUUCAAACUACAAACAGUCACAUCCUGACGUCUUGCUCUUCUUGCGCCGCCACGGGCAAGGUCUGCGGCACUGGCCAGUAUCAAUCGGGUUGUGCUGGUCCAUCUGCUGGUGCCUGCUCCUCCUGCCCAGCCAACACCUAUCAAGCCUCUUCCUCGCACCGCCUGGCCAGCUGCACAAACUGCAGAACGUGUGGCAAAGGCCAGUAUCUUGCCAAUUGCGCUGGUGCCACUGGCCCGGGCAUUUGUCAAGUGUGCAACUCAGGCACCUAUCAGAGCCAAACUGCACACCAAGAACGCACCUGCCCAUCCUGCGCUUCCUGCAGUCCGGGCUAUUAUCGUGACGGUUGCGGUGGUGAAAGCGCAGGAACCUGCGUUGCCUGCGCGAGCGGAUUCUACCAAAGCCAGCAGACAUACGCUACAUCUUGCUACCCAUGCCCUGGCUGCCCGAGUGGCUACACCCGCACUGGCUGUGGGGGCUCCGCAGAGGGCACCUGCGUGGGUCUAGUCUGCCCCGCUUUGCCCGCAGUCAGUAGCGCCGUGCUCACGUACAGCAAUUCAGAGCGACGCUAUCCCGUUAUCGCAACGUUUGCCUGUGUUGCGGGAUUCGAGCAGACCGGUGGGGAUGCAAGUCGCUCGUGCACACCGGCGCUGACCUGGGCAGGAGCAGAAAUCAUUUGCACCCGUGUCUCUUGUGGGGACCUGCCCGCGCUCAGCAAUGGCUUUGUGGACACGAGCGGUGGCGUUGAUUUUGAGAGCGUGGCCACGUUUUCUUGCGAUGAGGGUUAUACCCGAAGCGGCCCGGCGAGCCGCACCUGCCAAGCCAGCGGCGAAUGGUCCGGCUCCGCGCCCAUGUGCGUGGCCUUACCUUGCCCAUCCCUGCCCGUGUUUGCUCAUGGGUCGGCGACUAGCUCGAGCAGCAACCCGAUCGUGGUCACAUUUCAGGCGGUCGAUGACUGCGGUAACAUGGACCAGGCCAAUGCCACAAUUGUGCGCCGCGACACAACACCGCCCGUGUUUGUUGAAUUCCCCGAUAACGUUACCGUUUCGUGCAGCGCAGCCGAGCCCACCAAUUUUACCGUCGCUGUCACCGACAUUUGCACAGGGAAUGCAACCGUGGUGCUUGCUCAGACUUGGACCGAGCCCAGCGCAACCUGUGCUCACGCAUACACGGUGUUUCGCACCUGGACGGCCUCGGAUGUCUGCGGCAACAAGCUGAACCUCACACAUACCGUGAACGUUGUCGACGAGACGGCCCCCACGCUGCCCAGCGGCGUACCCACCACGGUCCUUGAGUGCAACGCUGACUCAACUCGAGAUGACGUCACAGCCCUUUUGGAAGCGCAUGUCAACAUUUCAGCAGCCGAUGCGUGUGGUGGUAAUGCCAUCACCUGGUCCUUUGAUGCUCUCAACCUGUCUUCGACCCUGACCGGCAACUACUCAGCCCAGCUUUACGCACAUGAUGACUGCGCCAAUGUGUUGCCUGUGGCGGCCCCGAUCAGUAUUGUGGAUACCCAACCGCCGGUGCUCUCCAAUCUCUCCGUGGCCAUGGCCUAUGAGUGCGAUGCAGUCCCGCAGACCGAAGACGUCGUCGUCCGUGAUGCCUGUGAUACCAAUGUGCAAGUGGUUUUUGGGGACAACAUCACCCAGGGCCAAUGCCCUCAAAGCUACACCCUGGCCCGCACGAUCUGGGCCACGGACAAUGCUGGGUGGCAAGACAACUUUACGCAAUUCUUGACCGUGGUUGAUACCACAGCACCACAGUGGGUUGCCCCACCGGCCGACGUUGUGUUUGAGUGCGAUGGUGCAGGCAAUACCGCCAACGUGACGUGGUGGUUGGAAUCCUUUGGCAAUGGCACGGCCCAGGAUGCCUGCUCAAGCAACGUGACCUGGCAAUCAAACGGCGCCAACGCCACCUGGUCCCAAGGCUGUGGUCAGACGCUGGCAACCUCAGUUCAAUUUAGCGUGCAGGAUGAGUGUGGCAAUGUUCGGACGCACACCGCGUCUUUUGCUGCUCUCGACACCCAACCCCCCGUGCUGUACUGGGCCAACACCACCGUUGCGCCUGUGUCGACUGCAGCCCCUGCCUCGAUCACGGGCGCAAGCACGUCAAAUACGAGCUCGAGCGCGUCGACCACGACUGGGCCGGCCGCCACCUCAGCACCGGCUGGCGAUGAGCCAGUGUACUUGGUCGGCCCACCGCCCAACAUGACUCUGGAAUGCAUCGGUCGGGCUGGCCUUGAGCCCACGCGCCCUGAUCCGUAUAUGGUGAUGGCACGGGAUGUGUGCUCGGGUUCAGAAUAUGACGUUGCCUACGAGGAGACGCGACAUGAUGGACACUGCAUGGGCCUCGUACGCUACGUGCGGGCGUGGACCGCGGUGGACAGCUGCUCAAACGCUGGCACCAUGUAUCAAACCGUUGCCAUCCAGGAUACCACCCCUCCUCAAGUGCAGAGCCCGCCCCAGGAUCUCCAAUUGGAGUGUGAUCGCGAAAGCUCUGCUGGCCAGCUGCAGCAGUGGCUCGACGCAGCCGGCUACGGGAUAGCCGAGGACACGUGCUCGGACGUCACUUGGAGCCACAACCUGACAGAUCCAAUGACUACAUUCCACGCAUGUGAAGGGAUGAACAGCAUGGUCGUGCGCUUUACCGUGACUGAUGACUGCGGGAAUGCCGCCCAUGCUUUUGCCACAGUGAAUGUGGUCGACACGCAAGCGCCCAUCAUUACGGCCAUGCCCCCCGCGCACACCAUCGAGUGUGACUUGGCUAGCCAGGAUGCACAAAUUGAAGCCUGGCUGCUCCAGUCUGGUAACGCUCUGGCUGUCGACGGAUGCAGUGAUACGCUCUCACGCAACUAUACCUCCAGUCAGCAAACCAUGUGCGCCAAUACCAAGGUUGUGACGGCCAAUUUCAGCUUUACGGACACCUGUGGCUGGCAAGCCAGCGCCUUGGGUACUUUGAGCGUGCAAGACACGGUACCGCCCACCAUCAUCCUACGCGGAUCAAAUGCCACCACCUCGGAAGCUGGUUUUGCGUGGCUUGAUCCGGGAGUGGAAGCGGCGUUUGAUACAUGCCAGGGCGCCAUCAACAUUAGCAUCGUGCAACGUCAGCACAAUGUUAACAUCUCCACUCUAGGAGAGCAGGCGAUCGAGUACGCAGUGGCCGAUGACUGCCAAAACACAGGCAGUAUCAACAUGAGUGACUUCCGAACCGGCGUUGUCAACCCUCUCUAUGGCGGGAUAGAUGAGGCCCAGGGAGCUACCUACGAUGAUGCUGACGCUGAUGGGGACGGCGACUAUCAGGACGUGCAUCAAGAAGCUUGGGAGCAAGCCAAUGAUGAGGAUUUGGAGGCCGAUGGCAUGUACUCGGACAUGUUCAAUGAGCCAGAUAUUGGGGAAGAUGAGAGCGGUUAUUUGGAUGUGGGCGCGGACGCGCAGAACUUUGAGGAUGUAGAGCAGCCGGGAUUUGGAUUUGAUGCUUUUGACCCGAAUGAUGGCUUCGAUCAGAACGGGUUUGACGAUUCAUACUUUGAGGCCGAUGGCCUUGAUCAAAGCGGUAACGCCGAUGAAUAUCUCGAAGCCGAUGGUUUUGAGCAAGAGGACGCUGCCUUUGACGAUGAAGCUGAUGAAUGAGUGUACCUUGCCACCGAUCGGAGAAUCAAGACCUUUGGUCGGUUUGAUUUUGUACACUACUUGAGGCGAUUCGCAACGCCGUUGAGCAUGCCACGAAGUGAAGUUGUCAAAGUGGUGCUCGAUUUCUUGAGAUGGUGUCUUCAUGUUGGUUUCGUUUUGUUUCCACCCUCUCGUCUCUUGUCGAUAUCAUGAUAGAACUGUGUGGUCUCGUGGUUAUGCGUGAGGGCUCUUUGUCGAUGUCUCUUUUUGUUUCGGGGCGACGGGGGACGGAUUGGGGAGGGCUCACCGAGUCUUGUCAGUUUCGUUUCGCUGGUUUCAGUUGAACUCUUGGUUUUGGCUUUGGUUUUUUGAUUUUGUUGUUUUUUUAUUUUUUUUUUGACACUGUGGCUACAAUGGGCGUGCGCCCUUUCCCGGCAGCCCUGUACCUGGAGCUUUCUUGUUGAUAUAUAAAAUGCGAAAGGUGUGAGGUUGAAUGCACGCACAUUUGUGCACACACAAUUGAACGCUCGAC